GGGAGCGCGGCGGGGUGGCAGUGAGAGGAGAGCCGGCGCUCCGCAUCGCACCGCGCCGCGCCGCACCGCACUACACCGCCGGCUCGGCGGGAGGGGGAUGAGCGGCGGCCACUGCGCUCCCGCACCUUCCCGCGCCGCCCCCCGCGGCACCUGGAGCCGCCGCCGCCCGCCCGCCCAGGGCCGCCCCAGCGCCGCGCUCAGUCCUCCUCGCCGUCGGUGCGAGAGGCGCUGAGGCGGCCGGGUUCCGCCGGGCUCCGCUCCGCGCUUGGGCCCCCCCGGGCUGGGCGGCGGAGCGCCGCGGUCUGCGCGGGGAGAGGCGGCCGCGGCUCCCCCCGCUACCAUACAGCACCCCUCUUCGGCUCCCUUUUUGGACCUUUUUUUCCUUUUUUUUUUAAACAAAAACACACCACCUUUUUUUUUUUUCCUUUAAAUUCUCCCUCAUUUGAAUUUUUAUUUUCACGCCCCUGCCCUCCCUUAUUUUGCCUUUCCUUUUUGGACCAGCUCCUGCCUUCAUCACUCGGCUCCCCGGCGGCAACGCAGUGCGGGCACCAUGUCCUUCGACCCCACCAUCAUGCCACCUGCGAACGGCUCCGCCAACGGGACGGCCAGCGGGGCCGAGGGUGGAAAGCCCCCCACCAUUCCCACCGUCAUGUUCAUCUUUGGCGUGGUGGGCAACCUCAUAGCCAUCGUGGUGCUCUGCAAGUCCAGGAAGGAGCAGAAGGAGACCACCUUCUACACGCUGGUCUGCGGGCUGGCGGUCACCGAUCUCUUGGGGACCUGCCUGGUGAGUCCGGUCACUAUUGCCACUUACCUGCAGAACCGCUGGCCGGGAGGACCGGCGCUGUGUGAGUACAGCUCCUUCAUCCUCCUCUUCUUUGGACUCUCUGGUCUCAGCAUUAUAUGUGCCAUGUCUAUAGAAAGGUACCUGGCCAUCAACCAUGCCUAUUUCUACAACCAUUAUGUAGACAAGAAGCUGGCAGGGCUCACGCUCUUUGCCAUCUACGCUUCCAACGUGCUGUUCUGUGCCCUCCCCAGCAUGGGGCUCGGCAAAUCUACCUUGCAGUACCCUUACACUUGGUGUUUCAUAGACUGGCAAGCAAAGGAGGCCACCCAUGCGGCAUAUUCCUACAUGUACGCCGGCUUCAGCUCUUUCCUGAUCAUGGUCACCGUGAUCUGCAACAUCCUGGUGUGCGUGGCCCUAAUUCGCAUGCACCGCCAGUUCAUGCGACGCACAUCCUUGGGGACAGACACCACCUCCAGCCGUUUAUCUGACUUUCGCAGACGCCGGAGCUUCCGUCGGAUGGCCGGAGCAGAGAUCCAGAUGGUUAUUCUGCUCAUUGCCACUUCCCUGGUGGUGGUCAUCUGCUCCAUUCCUCUGGUGGUCCGUGUCUUCGUGAACCAGCUGUACCAGCCGGAAUCAGUGAAGGAUGUGAGGCAAAACCCUGACCUGCAAGCCAUCCGCAUUGCCUCGGUGAACCCCAUUUUGGACCCGUGGGUCUACAUCCUCCUGCGCAAGACUGUACUCAGCAAAGCCAUCGAGAAGAUCAAAUGCCUCUUCUGCCGCAUUGGAGGGGCUCGGAGGCAGCACUCGGGGGCCAAUUUCAACUGCGUGGAUGGCCGCCGGACCUCCUCUGCCAUGUCAAGUCAGUCACCCUCCUUCAUCUCCCGCGAGCUGAGGGAGAUCAGCAGCACCUCACAAACGCUGCUCUACCCGCCAGAGUUGAGCGAAAGCAGCGUCGGGGGUCGUGUGCUGCUUCCAGGCCCCAGUGCCAGCCUGGCUCAGUCUGACACCACGUCUGUAAGGACACUGCGUAGCUCGGAGACCUCGGACUCUUCACAGGGGCAGGACUCUGAGAGCGUCUUCCUGGUGAAUGAGGUCAGGCCUGGUGGCGGGGCCAGCUCUGCGUCCAAGGGCAGCCCUCUCCAGGUCACCUUUCCCACAGAGACAUUGAAUUUAUCAGAAAAGUGUAUCUAGAUAGCCGUGAAAGGCUUCAACCCUGGGGAUACUUCCUGCUAUAUUGGAAAAACUGGUGCAAUAGAUAGGUGUUUGGCCUAUUUGAGGGGAGAGGGGUUCAGCUGUGCUCCAAAGGGCUAUUUUUCUCUUGCCAUGUGAUGGGUACGUUUCUUUUAGACUACUGAGGACUGUGUGGAACAGACACUGCACUUGGGCCCUGCCAUCAGAAAUGGUGCAAGGCAGGUCUAAUGGGACUGGAAACAUGAACUGCCUUAUCUUUUUUGGGACACAGGAAAGCUACUGCGCCUCUGGAAAUAGAAAGACCCAUCACUUCCUUUUUUCUUUCUUUCCCUUUCCAAAUCUGGUAGAACUGUGUUUUCUCUCCCCAUGGUUGCUCAGCUAUCAAGAGUUUAAGCUUCUGGUACUAGAGCUGAAUGUCAGGCAGCUGCUAGGAACUGGACACAGCUACUCUGAGAGCUGCCUGGGGCAGGAUUUUAAAGUGUCUCACUAAAGCAUGAAAAUGUGAAUUUUUACCAUUGUAUAUAUAUCAAUCAGGAUUGAAAAUAUUUAAAAGUCUAUUCUUCUCUAUGAGAAGGUUUUUUAUUAAUACAAGGUAUGUAGUAACGAUUGCCAGCCUUCUCUUCCCCUAGUAUUUCCUGCUGAUAAAAGACAUUCUUGGUUUAGAUUUGUUAUCCAAACUAGAUUCACAGCUGAUGAGGUAAUUCUCUAGCUGAGAAUACAUAAGCACUUUCUGAGUGAAAUGGGAAUAUCUGCGCUAUUUAGGUAGAAUAAGAAGACACAUCCUUUCAGUUAAUAAUAUUUCUUUUCAGUAUAUGUAUAUACUAAAAAGCCAGGUUUUAUUUAUGUGCUGAGAAUGUUUCUCUGUGUAACACAUCCGUGCCUCUCCGAGUACUUUGGCCCACGUUCUGCGCACACUUAGGCACACACUUAACAUCACCAUCAGAGUAGUCCCUCUGCUGCCAGGGAGACUCCUUACAUGUAGAGUUAAGGACAUAUAGAAGUGCUUUCAAUAUCAGGGCCUAAAACUUUCAACCCCUGGUUAAUAGUCUUAAUAUUCACUUUAGUUAAAGCACCACUGAUGUAAUAAAGGUAUUUUUUCAUAACAUUUAUCAUUUUACUUUAAAUAGUAAAUAGAUUUUUAUGACUGUGUAAUCUGAUACUCCAUCAAAUAAAUGUACAAAACCAUGGAAGCAGAAUCUUCAUUUAAAAGUAUAGGUUAUAUAGAAACAUAUCCUGGUCUUGCAGCCCUUGAUAAUCAUUUGUUCCUAGAAUUUUAAUGGCAAACACAUCACCAAAACCAGCUGUUAACCACUGACAAAAAGGAGUUUUGUGUUUUAUGUUGUAAGGGUUAGAUCUUGUUCCAGAAACACUGUUUAUCAAAGUAAUUCUGUACAGGUAUUUGGAGGAUGUUUUGUCAAAUACUAAGCAUGUUAUGCUGCUUAAAGUGUUUUCAUGUGAAAUGCUUUAUUGUAAUCUUGAGCCUUAUGUUGGUAUGUUUAAGCAGUUGUACUGACCAAAGUAAUUUUGGA